AUUAUGUUCAGGAUUUAUAUGCUGGUGAUCGAGUCCUGCAGCAUAUCAGUCGAAAUGCUGAGCAAAUAAAAACAGCUGUUUAUGAUGCUUCCAAACUAUUAAAAGAAUUACUUUCAUGGUUUGUAAUCAGCGAGGAGGAUUAUGUGUCAUAUUCCAAAACUAGUAGCAUGUCACAUGAAGUGAUGGAGCAACUCAUCAGUUACUUACUUCACGAAAAAAACAGAGUAAAAACAAGGAGUUUUAUCCAUGUGCUGAGUGAGUUGGAAGAACUGGAUCCCAAACUACACAAGUGGCUGAAACACCUUAACAACUUGGGUCUGACAGCUACAGAGAACUUUCUUCUUAACUAUGGACAAUUUUUAAAAGAGCUUGACCUUUCUAUUUUAACCACACUCUGGAAUGAGAAGUAUGGUAGUAAAUUUGAUUACGUGACAACUAGUUCUGAUGACAAAGAAAUUUGUGAUUAUUUCUUAAAACCACCUCUAGAGAAAAACCGUUGUUUUAUAUGGCUGUUAGAAGACAACAGAGAAAAUUUUCCAUUUCUUCAUCAAGCUUUAGAUGAAUUCUUUGAUAAAAUGGAUGACCCUACCAUUAUAUUAAAGAAGCAGGGAAAUGAAAAUAUACCGACUAAUGGUAUCAAAGUUAAAAACAAAAACAGGAAGAAGAACUCAAAAGACUCGAGGUCUAUUUUAGUAUUAUCCAGUGGAGUUAGUACAGCACCACGAGAAGAAGAUAAGAGAUUUAUAGAAGAAAAUACUUUAGAUUUUACAAAUUCUUAUGAACCAUUUGUAAUCCCAGAAUAUCUUCGGGGGCAACUAGAGGAAUUUGAAGCUCUCUGUGACAUUUCAAAUAGUAACAGUUAUCAAAGGCUUUUGGAUAAUAACCCAGAUCAAACCUGUGAGAGCUUAUAUGAAUAUUUCUCUCAAAUCUUGGAAGAACAUGGCCCUAUGGAAAUUAAUAAUAAAUUACUAGUUGGGGAAUAUGAGCACUUCCCUGAAGAAGCUCGAAAGAUUGUAGAAGAUGAAGGUGGUCUGAAAUCUUUUCUUUUGAAAUCCCUUCGUUUCAUUAUGAUAGAUAAUCUUAUUGGCUUAAGAAAGCAUGCAGUUCUUAUUAAUGAGAAUACGAACAGAAAUGAGACUGGAGAUAAUGAAGAAAAUUAUAUAGUCUGUGAUGUGCAAGAAGAUUCUUCCCAGCACAAGCUACAGUUAAAUCCAGCUGCUAAGGAAUUCAAACCGCUGUCUCAUCCUAAGCAACCCCAUAUAUCAACAUCUACUGACUUAACAGUAGGAAGUUAUGAGACUCCACAAUAUUUGCCCUGGUCUUUUCCUACGUCAUGUAAAUUUGUACGUUCUUUGCAUGGUCAACAUAUUGAUACCAUAGAAAAUGGGUCGUCAUUUCCAGACAUUUUACUAAAGUGCUUUGAUUCUAAAAAUCCUGGUAUAUUUUUGCCUCGGACUUCCUGGGGUUAUCAAUAUGAAAGAAUAUUGCGAGUGCCUUCUCAAAUCCCUCUCAUGUCAAAUGUUGCCAACCAACCUAAUUAUAUUUGUGCUGAUCGUGUAGCUUAUCAGGAUAAUGAUGAGUCAGCAAUUUCAGACAGAAGGUACGUCUUCAGCAGUUUUAUACCAACUGAAACACAAACGUAUGAAGACCCUCAGUGCCAACUGGAGAACUCGAAUAACAAAUUUUAUGAAGACAAUUUUGCUGUUGCAAAUAGUAGAAAUGAAGCUGAAUGUGGUGUACGGGUUAUUAAGACUGAAAAAAAAAGCAGAGGUAUACCUCUAAUGAAAAACAAUCCUCAUACAAGGAUGGUAGCUGUUCAGGUAAAUCAUGAAGUAGCUGAUAGGGAAACUAAUACUUUGCCUUUUCAUCCAUUUGAAAUGCAACAAGGAGAUAUUCUACGUAUGGAAAAAGAGCAUCAGGUAUUAAAAGAACAACUUAAAGAGGCACAGGAAAAAUAUGAACAGUUAGAAAGCCGAAGCUCGGAGGAAAUCAGUGCUGUAAAAGAGCUCCUAAAGAAAAGUGUUGAAGAGACUGAGGUGUCAAAGAAUGAACUGAAUUGGUUUAAUCAAGACUUAGAUAUACAAGUGAAAAAAUGGCAACAGGAGAAAAAAGAAAAUCAAGAGAAUUUAAAAGCACUAAGGAACACAGCUAAAAAGCAUAUAGAUACCAAUGAUAGGUAUUUGAAGACCAUUGAUGAGAAGGAAAAGCAGUAUAACACAUAUUUAAACACAUAUCUCGAGACCAGUAAUAAACUUGCUAAUGAGAAAGUAAAAUUGGAAGAGCUUAUAAAAAAGAGUCAAGAUGACUGCCAAGAGUGUAUGAAAAGAGCUGUUAAAGCAGAG